GCUGAAAAGUGUGAGAAAUUUCCGAGGAGCACCUGAAUGUAGCAAGAGUCCAUACAAUCACCAUCGUAUUUCCCUCUCGGUCCAUUUUUUAUGUCAGCUUCGUGUAGCUAAGCUGUGUUGUUUAUUGUUCAAAACCAACAUAUUUGGGCGUUAUUUUUACGAUUUAAGCACAUUUAUGCUGCUGCACUGUCCACAUUACAAAAGCGAAGAUGACAUCUAAACUGAAAGUUGGAAAGGCCGGCUCAAAGAGUAAGGAGGAUGCUCCUUAUGAGUUGGAGAGCCAGUUUGUCCUGAGGCUUCCUUCGGAGUACGCCUCAACAGUAAGAAGGAUUGCCCAGUCAAGCAGUAUGAACAUUAAAGACAGACUCACCAUCGAGUUGCACCCUGAUGGUCGUCAUGGCAUAGUGAGAGUAGACCGCGUCCCUCUGGCCUGCAAACUGGUGGAUCUGCCCUGUAUGAUCGAGUCUCUGAAAACAGUGGACAAGAAGACGUUUUACAAGACUGCGGAUGUCUGCCAGAUGCUGGUGUGUACACUAGAUGGAGACCUUUACCCUCCUUUAGAGGAGCCAACUGGAACCGACCCCAAGAGCAAGAAGAAGGACAAAGACAAGGACAAGAAAUUUGUUUGGAACCACGGCAUGACCUGCCCUAUGAAGAACACACGCAAGAGAAGAUUUCGGAAAACUGCAAAGAAGAAGUACAUUGAAUCUCCUGAUGUGGAAAAGGAGGUGAAGAGAUUGCUGAGCACAGACGCUGACGCUGUGAAUGUCCGCUGGGAAAUCAUAGCAGAAGAUGAGUCAAAGGAAGCAGAUCAGCACGGCUCUCUCGCCAAUCUGGACUCCUCGCCUGGCACCUCAGGACACAAGAUGGGUCAUGGAUCCUCUGCCCAGCGUGACGAACUGAGGGAGAUCUUCAACGACAUCAGCAGCUCCAGUGAGGAUGAGGAGGACGAAGGGGACCGGCACGAGGACGAGGACCUGAAUAUCAUGGACACGGAGGAUGAUCUGGUCCGACAGCUCCAAGAGAAGCUCAACGAGUCCGAUUCUGCACAGCAUGAAAGUGAUAGAAACAACCAGAUAGUCAUGGAGUAUCAGGUGCAGAUCAACGGCGUCAAGGCCAAACUGCAGGAAACCCGUGCCCGGAAGAAACAGCAGGAGGAGCUCAUCAUGAAAGUGGAAAACCAGGCCCUCAAAAACCGCUUCCAAGCUUUGUUGGAUGAGAUCAUUCUGCAGGAGGAGCAGGAGAUGGAGCAGCUGGCCUCCCUGCAGGAGCAGCUGGACUCACUGAUAGAGAAGUGACCACCAGGGGGCAGCCUCAUGUCAUCUACACCCACCCACACACACACACAAAUAUAAAACUGGGCAUCCAGGAAGGGGAUGAGGAGGAGAAGAGCCUUCAUCCAGGGUGGAGGGAGUCUUGAUGAGCUGACUUGCUGCGUCAUUCCCUUUUUCAGUUUGUCGUCACAUUACGCAUACAUCAUACUGAUUUAUGCAUUAAAAGUUAAAUGUGUUGUUUGUGACUGUAUGAUUUAAGUAUUUGAUUGGCUUCAACUGUGAAUAUGUUUGCUUUUCAUCUUAAAGUAAAUGUACACAACAACCUUCUAUGUAUUUCAUGACCUGUAUGAAGAAUAAAUGACGAGGAAUUGGAAA